AUGUCCGACGCGCCCUUAUCGUCAUCCUUUGCCUCUAAUAGAGGCCGAGAUGCUCUCGCAAAUAUAGCAUCCUCCGUCCCCCGCGCCGAGUCGAUAGCCCGGUUAGCUUCUGCUGUUCCUAAUGCCCACCCGGCCCUCGGAACCUCGCCUGCGCUGUCCCACCUCUCUGCUGCGCGGCUCAACGGCGCCAAUGGUGGCAAUAACGCCUCGAACGGGCGGUCGGCGAGUCCUGCUCCUCUAGCCGGGAGUGGUCCUGUAUCGUCUGGCCCUGGCGUUUCUGCUCUCGCCGCCGCGUUGUCCAACUCGAUAGGAACCUCUCCGCCGCGCUUCGGUACCCCGCCGGCCCGCCCGUCCGUCUUGGGUGAUCCAACCUUUAGACCUCAUUCCCCUGCCCUCAGCAACAUCCCUCCGACCUCAGCCACGCCUACAAACUACGGCUCCUUCGACAACAGAUCCCGUCCGGCCUACGAGGACCCCGAGGUGGUUAAGCGCCAUCUCGUUCAGCCCACCGACGCGACAUCGGACACCUCUUCCGCUCACGUCAAAGGAAAGCAACCCGCUGAUGCCGCCGGCGAUGCCUCUGCCCUCAUUGAUGAUGAUGAAGAGUUCUCGAGUUUGCGCCUGCAAGGUGGCGAUGUGACGAGAGAAAUCUACAAAUGGACCGAGGAAGCUGAGGCGCGGAACAAGAUGCAACGAAGUAGAAGCUUUGUCCAUCCCCGCCCCGAGCCCGAGAGCGAGGUACUCGAUAUCAAGAACAUGAAGGUACCCGGUGGCUUCAGGCGUGACUUCAUCAGGCGGACUGUCGAAGACCACCAGGGUGUCACCGGUCGCGAGGAAUUAGGCGAGGCAAGCCAUCCCCAGCAGCCUAAACUCUUCACCACCAGCUUCCUCGAGUUCCUCACCCUUUACGGCCACUUUGCCGGUGAAGAGCUUGAAGAAGAUGACGAGGACUUGCUCCCGGGCGAGUACUUCUCCUCGGGCCCCGACGAUGAUGAGCGCGACUACUUUGGCGGCGAUAGCAGUGACUCGGACCGUGAACCCAUGGAAGACAGCGCCCUCCUGACGCCGUCGAGGCGCAAGAGGAGAAGGAAGAACCGAGGAGGCAGCGGUACAAAUUCUCCCAUGGGCGCCGCCCUGCUGCUGCUCAAAUCCUUUGUCGGCACCGGCGUGCUGUUCCUGCCCAGAGCGUACCUCAACGGUGGCAUGCUUUUUAGCAACGUGGUCCUGCUCGGCGUGGCCGCUCUCAGCUACUACUGCUUUGUCCUUCUCGUUUCGGUCCGCCUCAAGAUUGACGGCUCUUUCGGUGAUAUGGGCGGCGUUCUCUACGGGUCUUGGUUCCGGAAGCUUAUCCUCUUCUCCAUCGUUAUUAGUCAAAUCGGGUUCGUCGCCGCCUAUAUCGUCUUCACCUCGGAAAAUCUGCGCGCCGUCAUCCUGGCCGUAUCGGACUGCCGUACCCACGUGCCAAUCACCUGGCUUAUCGUGCUGCAGAUGAUCAUCUUUUUGCCCUUUUCCCUCCUUCGCGACAUUGGCAAGCUGGGCUUCACGGCCCUCAUCGCUGACGCCUUCAUCCUCGUCGGCCUGGCUUAUCUCUUGUACUACGACAUUAUCACGCUCAACGCCAAUGGCGUGGCCGACAUUAUCCAGUUCAACAAGAACGACUGGACCCUCUUCAUCGGUACCGCCAUCUUUACAUUUGAGGUUCCCCGCGUCAUGUUCGCGGUCAUGGUCAUCAUCACUACCCUCUUUGUCACCAUGGGCGCCGUCUCCUACGCCGCCUACGGCUCCAAGACGGAAACAGUGGUGCUGCUCAACCUACCCCAAGACAGCAAGCUCGUCAAUGCCACCCAAUUCCUCUAUUCCAUCGCCAUCCUGCUCUCCACCCCGCUCCAGCUCUUCCCCGCCAUCAAGAUUUCCGAAAAUGCCCUCUUCACCAAGAGCGGAAAGUACAACCCCUACAUCAAGUGGCAAAAGAACAUCUUCCGCUUCCUCCUCGUUACCGCGUGCACUCUCAUCGCCUGGGGUGGCGCGGACGACCUGGACAAGUUUGUCGCCUUGCCCAUGUUGCAUUAUAAAGCAGUCGCCAGGUCUAAACUGUGGAGGGUCUCGGAUAUCUUGCUCUGUAUCUUUGGCAUCCUCGCUAUGGCCUAUACCACGAGCUUGACCGUCAUUAGCUGGGCCAAGGCACCCUCUAGCCCCGCCCUUCCCGGCUACUGUGAUGGGAAGUAA